AUGUAUACCUUACUCUAUGGAUUAUGGAAGUAUAUGUUUCAGAAAGAUGAAUACUACGUUCUUAUUCUUGGAUUAGAUAAUGCUGGUAAAACGACAUUUCUAGAAAGGACGAAAAGUAAAUUUUCUCGAAAUUAUCAAUCCUUAUCCGCGGAUAAGAUUUCACCGACCGUUGGACUAAAUAUCGGAAGAAUAGAUUUAGGAUCAAUUAGAUUACGCUUUUGGGAUCUUGGUGGCCAGAAGGACCUUUUAACUUUAUGGGACAAGUAUUACUCGGAAGCCCAUGCAGUCAUAUUUAUGAUUGAUUCAACGGAUAAAGAACGUUUGUCUAUGUCUAAAGAAGCAUUCGAUGAAAUGAUGGUACACCCAGCAUUAGAUCGUGUACCUCUACUUGUUUUAGCUAAUAAGCAGGAUUUAGAGUCCGCUAUGGCGUUGGAUGAAAUAAAAACCAUUUUUAAUGAGAGUUUACAAAAUCUUGGCAAGAGAGAUUUUAAGAUUCAGCCAAUUUCCGCUCUAAAAAGUCAAGGCAUUCAUGAGAGUAUCGACUGGCUAGUUUACUGUGCAAAGAAAAAUAGUGACAGGCCACCUAGCACUCGUGAAAUUACAUCAUAA